AUGUCAUUUGAUAAAUCGCGGCUUAACAAAGCACUCAAAGAAUUACCCCCGGAUACCUUGCUCACGGAGAUACCGGAGAUACAGAAUUCUAUUGCGCAUUUGCGGCGGUCAAACAAUGAAAUGCGCGAAUUUGAUCCAGACCGGCAGGAUCCCGAUCUGACCACCGCCAUUGACGAAAAUGAAGCUUUGAUUGAACGUUACGAAGUGCGCAUUGACUUGACACUUGAAGUUAUUCGUGAAAGAUUAGGUGAAGCAGCAGCAAGAGAGAUGGAGAGCAAUGUUUUGGCUUUUCGAAAACAGUACCAGCCAUCGGAUGCCGAAGAGGGUGUGUUCUUGUAA